AUGUGGAUAGUCUUGUGUGUUACAGAGUCCUUUCCAACCUUCCAAGCGAUCUCCUUCAUCUGCGGCUUCACCACCGUUACUCCCCAGCUCAUGCUUCCCCUUGUUGGCGACCUCGCCCCGCCCCAUCGCCGCGCAAGUUGCCUAUCCAUCGUUGUCUCGGGUCUCUCUCUCGGCAUUCUCGUCGCCCGCAUCCUCUCAGGUGUCCUCGCCAACUACACACACUGGCGGAACAUUUACUGGUUCGGCCUCGGCGUGCAGUACGUGGUACUGGUGUUGUUGUAUGUCUGGAUGCCAGACUAUCCAUCCAAGAACCCAGGGGGACUGAAUUACAUCAGCAUGUUGGCUGGUAUCGUGAAGUUAUUAGUCACGGAGCCAUCGUUGCUCCAAGCCGCGGCCGUCGCGUUCUUGCUGAGUGCGGUGUUCACCUCGUACUGGACCACCCUGUCUUUCCUGCUAUCGUCCCCUCCGUUUGGGUACUCAUCGAUGGUCAUCGGCCUGUUCGGCUUGAUCGGUGUCGUGGUGAUAGUAACCGCACCUGUGUACAGUCGAGUUGUCAUCGACAAGGUGGUGCCGUUGGUGUCGGCGAUCAUGGGGCUGGUGGUUGAGUUGGUUGGUGUCAUAGUGGGCACUUUCGCCGGGCUGCAUCAUAUCGCUGGGCCGGUGAUUGAGGCGAUUGCGAUUGAUCUCGGGUCACAGUUCGCACAGAUUGCGCUGAGGUCGUUGAUUUAUAGUAUCCAACCGUUGGCGAGGAACAGGGUCAAUACGGCGUACAUGAUUGCUGCCUUCUCGGGGCAGUUGACGGGUACGGCGGUGGGUAAUCGGCUUUAUGCUUUGGGUGGAUGGGAGUACAGUGGUAGUUGCAGCAUUGCCUUCAUUGGCUUCGCUCUCAUCAUAUGCUUCCUCCGUGGACCGCGCGAGACAGGCUGGGUAGGCUGGUCAGGUGGUUGGCCGAUACUUCGGGACGACUUGCCCUCUAGGAAGAAGCAACCUAGUGUCGAAGCUCCUUUGUCUGGGCAGCAAACACCAGUAGUUCAACGAGAGAAUGAUGCUAAGGAUUCGGUAGUGGAUUCUGGUCAUGGGAAUCAUGAAAAGAAGACGGAUACAGGGCUUAGAUAA